AUGUGGUGGUCGGACGGCCGUGAGUACCAGGAGACCGGCGAGUUCGCGGAUGGGAAGAAGCACGGCGAGGGCGUCCUGAGGUGGCCGGACGGGAGGUCCUACAACGGGCAGUGGUGCGACGGCAGGCAGCACGGCACCGCCGUGGCCUGCACCGCGCAGGGCAUGAGAAGGGAGAGCCGCUGGCUGGACGGCCGCUUCAUCGAGUGGCUCGGGGAGAUCAUCGAGGACUUCCCCAGAGGGAGGAGGGGCGCUGAGGCGUUCGCCCGGCCCGGGCCGAAGCGCCCGCUC